AUGCCCGCCCCAACUACUAACGGUACGCCAAUGGCCAGCACCUCUGCACCUCAAACCAAUGGCACAACCAACGGGACCGGCCCUGCGUCUGCUGGCGCAUCCGCAAACGACAACAUUCGGCGCUUCGCAGCUCCCAGUAGGUCGAUGAGCCCAAGAGCAGAGCACAUGCUCUUCAAUGACAAGACACGAUGCUUCGUCUAUGGUCUACAACCUCGCGCUGUACAGGGAAUGCUGGACUUCGAUUUUAUUUGCAAGCGCAAGACACCUUCAGUUGCUGGUAUCAUCUACACAUUCGGAGGUCAAUUCGUCAGCAAGAUGUAUUGGGGAACUAGCGAGACUCUGCUGCCUGUCUACCAAGAUGUCGAGCAGGCAAUGCUGAAGCACAGAGACGUGGACACUGUGGUUAACUUUGCAUCUUCCCGAAGUGUAUACAGCUCCACGAUGGAAUUGAUGAACUACCCUCAAAUCAAGUCAAUCGCCAUCAUUGCCGAAGGUGUCCCUGAGCGACGUGCCCGUGAGAUCCUCCACGUCGCCAGAAAGAAGGACAUCACGAUAAUUGGUCCUGCCACCGUUGGAGGCAUCAAACCUGGCUCGUACAAGAUCGGAAACACAGGAGGGAUGAUGGAUAACAUUGUCGCGUCGAAACUCUACCGCAAGGGCUCUGUUGGAUACGUCUCAAAGUCUGGAGGCAUGUCCAACGAGCUGAACAACAUCGUAUGCAAUACCACCAAUGGUGUCUACGAAGGUGUCGCCAUUGGAGGCGACCGCUACCCGGGAACUACCUUCAUCGAUCACAUUCUUCGAUACCAAGCUGACCCUGAGUGCAAGCUUAUCCUCCUACUCGGAGAGGUGGGUGGUGUUGAAGAGUAUCGCGUAAUCGAGGCGGUUAAGAAUGGCACCAUCACAAAGCCUAUCGUGGCAUGGGCUAUCGGUACCUGCGCGAGCAUGUUCAAGACUGAAGUUCAAUUCGGUCACGCUGGUUCGUCUGCCAAUUCUCAGCUGGAGACUGCGGUGUCCAAGAACAAGGCUAUGAAAGACGCUGGGUUCCACGUGCCAGAUACAUUCGAAGAUAUGCCCGACCUCCUCGAGUCCGUCUACCAGACUCUUGUCAAGAAAGGGACGAUUAAGCCACAAGCAGAGCCAGUCCCACCAAAGAUCCCCAUCGACUACUCCUGGGCACAAGAGCUCGGUCUCAUUCGUAAACCAGCUGCCUUCAUUUCAACAAUCUCCGAUGACCGUGGCCAGGAGCUGUUGUAUGCUGGGAUGCCAAUUUCUGACGUCUUCAAAGAGGAAAUCGGUAUUGGUGGUGUGAUGUCCUUGCUUUGGUUCCGUCGUCGUCUUCCAGAAUAUGCUAGCCGAUUCCUUGAGAUGGUCCUCAUGUUGACUGCCGACCACGGUCCAGCUGUAUCAGGAGCUAUGAACACCAUCAUUACCACAAGAGCAGGAAAGGAUCUUAUCAGCGCUUUGGUUUCUGGUCUUCUUACCAUUGGCUCGAGAUUUGGUGGUGCUUUAGAUGGUGCAGCAGAAGAAUUCACCAAGGCCUUCGACAAGGGUCUUAGUCCACGUGACUUCGUCGACACUAUGAGGAAAGAGAACAAGCUAAUUCCCGGUAUCGGCCACAAAGUCAAGUCCCGCAAUAACCCCGAUCUUCGUGUGGAGUUAGUCAAAGAGUUCGUCAAGAAGCGCUUCCCUAGCUGCAAGAUGCUCGACUACGCCAUCGCUGUCGAGACUGUCACUACCUCAAAGAAGGACAAUCUCAUUCUCAACGUCGAUGGCUGCGUCGCAGUCUGCUUUGUUGACCUGAUGCGAAACUGCGGCGCCUUCAGCCCCGAGGAAGCCGAAGACUACCUGAACAUGGGUGUGCUCAACGGAUUGUUCGUGCUUGGUAGGAGUAUUGGUUUGAUUGCGCAUUACCUUGACCAGAAGCGUCUGCGCACCGGUCUGUAUAGACAUCCUUGGGAUGAUAUUACUUACCUGCUACCAAACUUGGCACAAGGCGCUAACCCUGGGAACGAGGGAAGAGUUGAGGUCAGCUUAUAG